AUGGCGCAAGAAGCCGUUAAAGUUGUUGUCAUUGGAGAUCAAGCAGUCGGGAAGACAUGUAUAUCCUCCCGCUUUGUUGAUGGGACGUUUAAACAAGACGAGAAGUCGACUAUAGGUGCAUCGUUCGCGACAACAUUUUUGCCUAUAGAUGGUAACAACAUGAAGAUUGUUAUAUGGGAUACUGCUGGACAAGAGAAGUAUCGUAGUAUGGUCGGAAUGUAUUAUAGAGGAGCAAAUGUGGCGUUAAUAUGUUAUGAUAUUACAUCUCAAUCUUCAUUUGAUUCGUUGGAAGGGUGGUACACAGAUUUAAUGAAAACUGCAUUACCUGAUGUUUCUAUAGCUAUCGUUGGAAACAAAUUGGAUUUGGAGUACAUGAGAGUCAUUAGCGCUGCUCAAGGAUCUGCUUUUGCCGAGAAGCACAAUGGGCUAUUUUUCGAAGUCUCUGCACAGAGUGGAGCCAAUGUUAUGGAAAUGUUCACCGAGGCCGUUAAAAAAUCCAAAACACAGCCUCCAGACCCACAAGCACAAAAAAACAAUGACAAAGUCAAUGUUGAAAAAGAACCGCCAAAAGAACCAUCUCGCAGACGCUUUUGUUCUCUGUUCUAA